AUGUCUUCCAGCGACAUGGAGCUUGCCGUUAAGCGUUUCUUCUCGUCUCCCCGCUUCGCCGUAGCCGGCGCCAGUACGGACACAAGCAAGUUUGGCUACAAAUUGCUCGCGUGGUACCACCAGCAUUCGCUGCCCGUUACUCCGCUGAACCCCAGGUCGCCCGAAAUCAAACUGCCAUCCAAGACCUAUGCCACUGUGAAAUCGCCCUCGGAGCUCUCGUCCCCCGCCCAGACUUCCCUGUCCAUAGUCACGCCGCCUAAAGUGACGAGAGAGAUUCUGAAGGAGGCCCAGGCUCUCGAUAUUCCCGCAGUGUGGCUGCAGCCUGGCACGUUCGAUGACGAGAUUCUGGAGUAUGCGAAACAACACUUCCAGGCGGCGAUUGGGGGCGAUGGUGGGAAUGGAGACGAGGGCUGGUGCGUGCUAGUGGACGGCGAGGACGGUUUGCAGGCGGCGGGCGUUGACUGGACGUUGCAGAAACUGUAG